UCUUACGCGUAAUCGUUACACGCCGGCGCGUGAAAACCGUAAUUGCGCGUCUCGUCGUCCCGAGACCAGCCCAGAUCGCCGCAACGCGGUGCGUACCGCGCGCGUCCGAUUCCGAUUUUCCGUGUUCCCGCGCCGUUUCCUCGAUUUUUCGUUGCGCUCAAAAACGCGUACCGAUCGCCCAAGGCCGUAACUGGGAGGGGGUCCAGGGGUCCGCCCUCCCCUCCCCGAAAUUUUUUUCCAGUUACGGCCUUGCGAUCGCCAUCGAUCGUCGCUGACCGCGCGAGUACCCGAUACCCGCGCGCCCGGCUUCGUCGGCCACCGGUUGGAAUUUAUCCUAUACCACUACCGACACCUGCGAACGGACGGUGUUGUGUCGUUACAAUUAUAACCGUAAAAAUUAUAAUCGUCCACGUGGCUCCCCCCCAGUCGCCUUCGACGCUGCCACCGCCCUCCAAGGGCCGUGUUUGGUUCACCGUCCACCACCACCGACGCGACAACGAGACCGGCCGAUUACGAUCGCGAGUUGUCUCAGCGCCCCGACGACAAUCGCGCGUCAGUCAGUCCGCCGCCGACCGUCAACAACACAAGUCGGCCUUCAAGCCGUCCAGUCGUCGUUGCCGCUCCGUCGCCGACACGGUGUCUUCGAACAAUCCUUAGUGUUACUGCCACGUAAAAGUCCACACUAAGACUUCACCAUGAAGAGGAGCACUCUGAUUACGGUUGUCCUGAUCUCUUACACUUUGUUUUGUUGCGUAUCUUACACGUAUGCAAAUUUAUUUUUCAACACUACGGACCUAACACUGUUGGUUAAUGAUUCUUCAACCAUUACUUUGACCUUAACGGAUCCUAUUCCUGAAAAUACCACAUUAUUUCUCACCACUAAACAUAAAGACAUAUUGACAGCAAAUGUUUCACAAAUAGAAGUGCCCAACUCAACAAAUUAUAAAAAAUGGCAAGUUAAAUUGUUGGGUCAUGAUGUUGGACACGACAUAUUGAAAGUUGACUCCUUGCCUCCUUUAAAAGAAACUGGUGAAACUUUUGUUAGAGUAACUGUUCAACAUUCUAAUGAGUUGGCUUUAAUCAGUGAAAUUGUUGGUUGGAUUUAUUUUGUUGCAUGGUCAAUAUCUUUCUAUCCUCAGAUGUAUGAAAACUGGGUGCGAAAAAGUGUUGUAGGUUUAAAUUUUGACUUCACAGUAUUAAACGUAUUAGGUUUUGUUUUGUAUUCAAUGUUCAACAUAGGUCUGUGGAUGCCUGAAAUUGAAAAAGAGUAUUUUGACCGAAAUCCUCGUGGACUGAAUCCAGUUCAAUUAAAUGACAUAUUCUUUUCUAUUCAUGCUGUGGUUGCAACUGUUAUAACUGUGAUUCAAUGUUAUAUAUAUGAGAGAGCUGAUCAGCAUGUCUCAUGGACCGCCAAGUUAAUUAUGAUCUUUUAUGGAUUAAUAUUGACUGUCCUAUUAGUUUUUGUAAAUUUAAACAAAAUCAUGUGGCUGGACUUUCUUUAUUAUUGCUCAUAUAUCAAGUUGUCCAUUACUCUUAUUAAAUACAUUCCACAAGGGGUAAUGAAUUACAAGCGCAAAAGUACAAUUGGUUGGAGUAUUGGCAAUAUAUUCUUAGACUUUACGGGAGGGAUUCUAAGUAUACUUCAAAUGAUAAUUAACGCAUAUAAUUACAAUGAUUGGGCCUCUGUGUUUGGUGAUCCAACCAAAUUUGGUUUGGGUUUGCUGUCAAUAAUUUUCGACAUUAUUUUCUUCCUACAACAUUAUGUAUUCUAUGGAGGAAAUAACUAUCAAGAAUUCGAAAAUCGUAAUGUAGUAGAAGUGGACGAUCAAGAUGAGGUUACUAAUUCAGAGGAUUGUUCUGAAUCAUCGGAUAAACCAGACAGCCAAUUAUGUUAGAAAAAAACAUCUUUUUAACGGUUUCAACUGUAGGUUUGAUCAACCAUAACUCACAAAUCUAUGAUACCUACUGUAAGUCUCUCGAUUACUUAGGUAACACCUGAAUAAGACUGAUAUCUACUUAACACCAAAGGUUUAUGUGACUUGCACAUUUUCUUUUAUAUGAUUAUAAUAGUUUAUUUUCAAGUAUAAUAGUUCUAUUUGAAUUACAUUUCGUUGAAAAUUAUUAGCAAUUUUUCAACAAGCCUUAGAAACAAUAUUUCUGUUGGUAAACCAUACCUGAACUAGUAUUAACAGUAAUUUUGUUUAAAACUCUGAUAACUAUCUAUUAUUUUCUUUAGUUAUGUCUUAUUUUAAAAAUCUCACAGUCUGUAAAUACGCACACGUGAUAAGUUGGGUGUGUUUACAUGUUCUAAGUUAUGAUGAAGAUACUAUCUAUUGAUACAUUUUCAUUCCAUUUAUAUUAUAUUACAUUUUAUACUAAUUUAGCCUUACACAAUGUUUUAUCCUAACAGUCUACAACUUUGAAUGGUAAAAAUGUCACUUGUUUGUUGAUGUUUUGUCUUUUUGUACGGUUAAACAUAAACAAAAAAAAUUUGUAGGAGGUGAAUUUUUAAUUUCCUAUUGAGUUUUGAGUUUUUAUUGAAUAUUUCGUAAAAAAAUAAAAUCUGUGAUCAAUCUAUAUAUAUUCAUACUGUUGUCAAUAUAAAGAGUCUAGGUUAGUGUCUGUUAAAUAAUAAAUAAGGCUUUGGCAUUUAAUUGUUGUAUUUUAUGCUCUUAUGUUAUUGAUCACGUUUGACAGGAAUAGUUGACCUGAUCAAAAACUAAGUGUAUUUGGACUUGUUAAUUUUAAGACUUUGAGGAAAGUUGAUAUAAUAGUAAAUAUAUAGUAUAUAAUAGUAAGGAUAAUAGUAAGAGGUUUCUUUGAUUUUGUAUACAUGCUGAGAUAUUCAAAGGAUUUAAAUGUGUAGAAUGUUUUACUAUUGUGUGCCAGGUUGUUGGUGUAGGUUCAUUUACAGUGUGAAAAUUGUGUAAUAUGAAAGAAAUAUGUAGCAUGGUAGAUACUGUUCUAUACCCCUAAAAUAUUAUUUAGGUAAAAUUUGAAAAUUAAAUAAUAUAAGAUAGUUAUGCAUAA